AUGAUAUUUCAAAUACUGGAAACCGUGAGUAGCAGGCAAAGAAGGAUCAGAUACCAAGUUCCAUCCCACCAUUACCAACCAUUAACCCAAAAUUCGGCACAAAAUACGACGACACUACGUAAAUCCACAACAGAACUUUCAGCUACAAAUUAUAUUGUCGGCAAGAAAAUUCACUUUAUCGGCAUCAUUGACGCUGUCAAGUUUGACGUCAUCGUCGUCGUCGUCACCAUCUUUUUCACAGUUCGAAUGUUGAAGAUGGAAAGCAAAGGAAUUCUUAGAAAGACGCCAAAUAAUGUAUCAGGUCGUGGACAGCAACGCCACCACACGAGCGACUGGGCGGGAGGAGGCGGAAAUGGAGGAGGAGGCGGAAGUGGAGGAGGAGCGAGAAGUGGAGUAGGAAGAGAGAGAGGAAGUUCAAAUAUGGACCAGACAGAUAAGGAGCUCUACGAGGAGGAGAUGCAAUGCGAGGAACAUGAGAACACGUACGUCUGGCUGAUAUUAGGAACAGUAAAAAUAUCGAGGCAGACAGUUUUAGUGUUCGACGACACGCACACCUCAGGAAAAAUAAGGAAGUCGCUGGAAAAUGUUGUUGCUGACCGCGAAACGUAG